AUGGAGUAUCGUGGCUAUGAUUCUGCAGGCCUUGCUGUAGAUGAUGGAGCUGAUAAUUCGAAAAUUGGUGCGAAAGUAACUCUUCUGAAGAAGGUUGGUAAAGUCAGCGUACUCGAAGAAUACAUAAAAGAAUGCCACGCCUGUAGUGAUGAUAUUAUCUACAAAACACAUUGUGGCAUAGCACAUACGAGAUGGGCGACGCACGGUUCACCCAGAGAUGUCAACUCUCAUCCGCAAAGAUCAAAUACUCAAAAUGAAUUUUUGGUUGUUCACAAUGGUAUCAUAACGAACUAUCGUGAAGUUAAGGAAUAUUUGGUGAAGAAAGGCCAUGAAUUUGAGUCGGAAACUGAUACCGAAGUAAUUGUAAAAUUGAUUCAACAUAUUACAAACAAAUGUGAAGGAGCUAGUUUCCGUCAGCUUGUUGAGGCUACCAUCCAACAUCUUGAAGGUGCAUUUGCAUUAGCAUUCAAAAGCAAUCGUUUUCCUGGACAACUUGUGGCGACACGACGCGGUAGCCCGCUUCUUAUUGGAAUCAAAACUACAGGAAGGCUGUCUACCAAUCACUUUCCAGUAUUUUUUAGUAAAGCUCGUCGCUUUAUAUCUUCCGAAUAUGCCAAUGAAUCGUAUAUGGAAUCGUCAAUGGUUAUCGAAACAGGAUUCAAAACAAGCACGCCCAUCAGGGGAACGGAAGCACCCAAUGAAGCGGCAUUCCAAAUUUUUGAUUAUAAAGAAGCAGAAUACUUUGUUGCAUCUGAUGCAAGCGCAAUUGUUGAACAUACAAAGCAGGUCAUAUUUCUUGAAGACGAUGAUGUAGCUGUGAUCGAAAAUGGAUCGUUAUCAAUACAUCGUGUAAAACGUGGAGAUGAAAUUCCACAAACACGUGAAGUUCAGAAUUUGACGUUGGAACUGCAGGAAAUAAUGAUGGGUGAUUUCAAAACAUUCAUGCAGAAGGAAAUUUAUGAACAACCGGAUUCUAUCGUGAACACAAUGCGAGGUCGUAUACUUGAUGAUGGCACUGUUGUUCUCGGUGGCAUAAAGGAUUAUUUAUUGGACAUUAAGCGGUGCAGGCGACUAAUUUUAGUAGCAUGUGGCAGUUCAUAUCACUCAGCUCUUGCGUGCCGACAAAUCAUGGAAGAAUUAACAGAAUUACCGGUAGUACUGGAAUUGGCCAGCGACUUUUUGGAUCGCGAAACACCGAUAUUUCGUGAUGAUGUUUGCUUUUUCAUAUCUCAGAGCGGUGAAACAGCAGAUACUCUCAAUGCUUUAAGAUAUUGUAAACCACGGGGAGCGCUGACAAUAGGUAUUACAAAUACGGUUGGAAGCAGCAUUUGUCGUGAGACGCACUGCGGAGUUCACAUUAAUGCUGGUCCUGAAGUUGGUGUUGCGUCAACUAAAGCGUACACCUCGCAAAUUUUAUCUCUGGUAAUGUUCGCGUUAACAAUGAGCGACGAUCGCAUUUCGAUGCGCAAGCGUCGUGACGAUAUUAUCAACGGAUUACGGCAGUUACCAGACCUGAUUCGAGAAGUUUUAAAACUUGAUGGUGAGGUACUUGAAAUAGCGAAAAAAAUCUACAAGGAACGGUCACUUCUGAUAAUGGGUCGAGGCUAUAAUUUCGCUACUUGUCUUGAAGGUGCACUAAAAAUUAAGGAACUGUCAUAUAUGCACUGUGAAGGAAUAAUGAGUGGUGAACUGAAGCAUGGUCCGCUUGCAAUGGUUGAUAAGAAUCGCAGCAUCGUCAUGGUCAUCUGCAGCGAUAACGUUUACAUCAAAUCAGUCAACGCUCUACAACAAGUACUUGCUCGUGAUGGCGACCCUAUUAUUAUUGCGGACUUUGGUGUACCAGAGAAUGACGUGAGGGGUAGGCAUUCGGUGCUUCGUGUUCCAAAGACAGUAGAUUGCAUCCAGAACAUCCUUACUGUUAUUCCUCUGCAACUGCUCAGCUAUCAUGUUGCUGAAUUAAAAGGACUAAAUGUUGAUCGUCCACGCAACCUAGCCAAAUCCGUUACUGUUGAAUGA